GCUCUCUGAUGUACUUGAAUGAAGCGACGCUGCUGAAUAACGUCAGAGUGAGAUACAGCAAAGAGAAGAUCUACACGUUCGUAGCUAACAUCCUGAUCGCAGUGAAUCCAUACUAUGACAUCCCAAAGCUUUACUCACCGGAAACCAUCCAGAAGUACAGAGGACGAUCUCUGGGAACUCUGCCGCCUCAUGUCUAUGCUAUAGCUGAUAAGGCGUACAGGGACAUGAGGGUCCUGAAGAUGAGUCAGUCCAUCAUCGUCUCCGGAGAGUCUGGAGCCGGGAAGACGGAGAACACCAAGUUCGUGCUCAGAUAUUUAACAUCCUCGUACGGGACGGGGCAGGACAUCGACGAGAGGAUAGUGGAAGCCAAUCCGCUGCUGGAAGCUUUCGGGAACGCCAAAACGGUCCGAAACAACAACAGCAGCCGCUUCGGGAAGUUUGUGGAAAUCCACUUUAAUGAGAAG